UCAUACACGUGUUGAAACUGGUCUUGCAAGUCCGUAUCGUGUGCAUGUUUACUAUGGUAUGUAGACACAAAAUAGAACUCUGAACUUUGGACUUCGUCACUUUAAUACCACACUGACUGUUGGAGCGUCUUUUACGUAUCAAAAUAGAUGGCCAGCGCUCGUAACGCCUGAUUUUCAAACCCGGAAGUAAACGAAAUUUGAAAGUUACGGUGCCAUCAUCAACACGGGUGAUCUGGUCAUAAUAGACCUGGCCUGACUUCGAGAAGGUGCUCACAAACCACACAGAGAUACGAUGGCUGUUACGGAUGGCAGACUUCUCCCAACCUUUGUGGAGGGGUUCCAUGACGUGGAGGCUGUGGGGAGGAUGAAGUAUGCUGUACUGGGGAACACUGGUCUGACGGUGUCACAACUCAGCUUUGGUGCAUCAUCCCUGGGUAGUGUGUUCCAUGACACAGAUGAGGCAGAGUCCAUACAGGUGGUGCACAAGGCCCUGAAGUCUGGCAUCAACUACAUCGACACUGCACCCUGGUAUGGGCACGGCAAGUCUGAAACUGUCCUCAGCAAGGCCCUGCAGGGGGUCCCCCGCCAGGCAUACUACCUGUCCACCAAGGUGUGCAGGUACGAGGCAGACGUGCACAAGAUGUUUGACUUCAGCGCUGAGAGGACGCUCAGGAGUGUCGAUGAGAGUCUUGCCAGGCUGGGACUGUCUUAUGUGGACAUCAUACAGGUCCAUGACAUGGAGUUUGCCCCCAGUCUGGACAUCGUGGUGAACGAGACCCUCCCCGCCCUGCAGAAGGUCAAGGACUCAGGCAAGGCCAAGUUCAUCGGCAUCACUGGGUACCCACUGGGCAACUUCAGGAAAGUGAUAGAGCAAAGUCCAGUGAAGAUUGACACCAUAUUGACCUACUGUCACGGCUCCAUGAAUGACAACUCCCUUCAGGAUGAGCUGCCAAUACUUUCACGUAAGAGAGGAGUAGGAGUUAUCAAUGCCUCUCCCAUCUCCAUGGGUCUGCUGUCACACCGAGGUCCUCCAGCCUGGCACCCAGCCACUCAGGACAUCAAGGAAGUCUGCAGGCAGGCCGCAGAGUACUGCAAGAGCAAAGGUGCUGACAUUUCCAGACUUGCAAUGCACUUCACUCUGAAUCAGCCAGGAGUCCCCACUACACUUGUCAGUACUGCCAGUCAAGCAAACCUGGACAGAAAUCUUAGAGCUGUGUACGAGGAACUAACUUCUGAAGAAAAGGAAACUCUGGAAUAUAUCUGUGAAAGGUACUUCAAACCACUGAACAACAAAACGUGGGAAGGGGUAGAGGUGGAGAACUACAACAAACAGAAGAAGGGGACUGGUACUGGAACUCUUGGAUAGAAAGUUACCUUCUUUUGAUACUUGUUCAUGAAGAUAUGAUACCUCCAGUCAUCUUUACAUUGGCCUUUAUG